AAGUGUGUUGUGAGUGAUUGUCUUUGUGUUGUUGUCCAGGUUUGCUUUCGUUGGUUCGCUACUUCUACCCAAACAUUUGUUCAAAACUGGCUAUCCCCGUGGUCUUCAGCUACCCUGGCCUCGUCUGACGACGAACAGCAAGGUGGACUGUCUCCACCACCGCAAAAAAAGGCGCGCCUUUCUUUGGGCCUCGAGUCCGAUAUGCACAAAUCGAAACGGACUUCUAGUGGAAGUGAUGGCGAAACCAGUACCUCUAACGGCGAAUGUAUAGCCAAUGGAGACAGUAAAGGCCAUCUUAAAAGGAAAAUUGUUCAUAGAAGCGACGAAGAUGUCGUACGGUUAAUAGUCCAGCAUCUACAAGGCUUGGGCUUGAAUAAAUCAGUCGAUGUCCUUAUGCAGGAAUCAGGCUGUAGACUAGAGCAUCCAUCUGCGGCUAAGUUCCGUGAGAGUGUUAUGGCCGGUGAUUGGGAAAGGGCGGACGUUAUCCUCAAAGAGCUCAGGCCUUUAGUUGAGAACAAAGAAGACAUCUCGAAAAUGAGGUUUUGCCUGUUGGAGCAGAAGUUCCUAGAAUUCCUCGAAGAAGAGAACCGUCUAGAGGCUGUUUUCUGUUUAAGAACAGAACUAACCCCUUUAAAAUGUAACAGAGAAAGGGUUCAUCAGCUUAGUGGAUUAGUGAUGUAUACAACAAAGGAGGAACUUCAUAAAAAAGCUGAAUGGAAUGGAAAAGGAUACCAAUCAAGACACAAGCUGAUGGAUAGGCUGCAAUCAUUUUUACCAGCAUCUGUGAUGCUUCCACCACACAGACUUAGAACUUUAUUAAAUCAAGCUGUUGAGCUGCAGAAAGAAAAAUGUCCUUAUCAUAAUACAAAACUUGAACUUGGACUGCAUUCAUUUUCUCUGCUAAGUGAUCAUCUAUGUUCAAGGAAUGUCCUUCCAUGUGAAACAAAAUACAUUUUAACAGAACACAGUGAUGAGGUCUGGUUUCUGAAGUUUUCUCAUGAUGGAACUAAACUUGCUUCUGGAUCAAAAGAUGGCACUGUCAUUAUCUGGGAUAUAUCGAAUGGUGAGCCCACAAACCUUAGAGCAUUUGAAGGUCCUUCUUUUGGAGUAGGAGAAUUGGCUUGGAGUCCCGAUGAUAUCUAUCUCAUUGCUUGUGGUCCAGAUGACUGCUCUGAGGUGUGGAUCUGGAAUACAGAGACAGGAGAACUGAAAUGUAGAAUGACCCAAGCUGCAGAUGAUAGUCUCACGUGCUGUAGCUGGAACCCUGAUGGAAAGAGAUUUUACACUGGUGGCAAAAGAGGACAGUUUUAUCAAUGUGACCUUGAUGGAAACGUGUUAGAAUCUUGGGAAGGUGUUCGAGUUAUGGGACUCCACUGUUUAAAUGAUGGAAAAAUAGUCCUGGCCUCCGAUACCCACAACAGAAUUAGAACUUACAAUUUUGAAAAUUUAAACGAGGAUAACUUAGUACAAGAAGACCGUCCAAUUAUGUCAUUUUCUGUAUCUGAUGAUGAUCGACGGGCUCUUUUAAACGUAGCUUCACAGGGACUUCAUUUAUGGGAUAUUAGAGAUCGAGUUUUAGUCAGAAAAUACCAAGGUGUGAAGCAAGCAAGGUUGACUAUAUACUCGUGCUUCGGGGGUGCGAAUCAGGACUUUCUCGCCAGUGGCAGCGAAGAUCACAAGGUGUACAUUUGGCAUUUCAAGCGUGAAAAACCAGUUGCAGUGCUAAGUGGACACACGCGAACAGUAAAUUGUGUCAGUUGGAACCCCAGGGAUAUCUCUAUGUUAGCUUCAGCCAGUGACGACGGAACCGUACGGUUAUGGGGGCCCAUUACUAGAAAUUCCAAAUCUGGUAGUGGAAGCACGGCUGUGUAACACAAUAGGAAAACUUUUGUAUAAAUUUUGACGCGGGAUGCUUGCUGUGGUGUUGAAUUUGUAUGAUACUCUCUUAUUACUUUCUCAUCCAAACCAUUGGGCUCAUCGACAUUUUGUGCUAUCCUUUUGUGAACUUGAGACAGUUUACCUGGUUAAGAAUUCAGGGACAAGAGAGGAAUUCACUCCUCGCUAUUGGAAAACCGAGUGAAACUCCUUAUCUGGCCCACAUUCCAGUGAAAUCUUGCUAUUUUAAAAUGGGUGACAGAUUACAAAUCAUUUUUAUUUCAUCAUCGUCGUAGAACACAAGAAAUCUUCUUUUCUCUUCUUUGGAUGUGCACCAAUGAGCAAUUUAUUUUGAUGACGGAACAAAGCCUUUAGAAGACCUUCAGUAAACAAACAUAGACUAUGAUCAAGAUCCUAUUUAUUUUUAUUUAUUUUUGUUUUACACUUGACAGACUCCUCAUUCUCUUGUAACUUCAGAAACUUGAUGACGUACAUUCUCACAUAGCUUUUGUUAUGUUGUUUUUGUUUUUCCUCUUUCUCUCACCCUCGUAACUGAGAACUGAUCUCCAGGCUUCAGUGAUGGAAUAAAGUUAUUCCACGAGACCUUCAAACUGUUUCCGUGUGUUGUCCGCUUAAAAUGUCGAUGAGCUUGAGUUUUCUUCUAGGAAAAUAUUUUCAAGUUUUACCCAUACUCGUGCUUUCUAAGCUUUUCUCCCAACUUUCUCGCUUGUUACUGUCCAUUUUUUAUGCCUUUGAUUAGUGCAAACAAAUUAUAUAUAAUAGGAGUAUUUAAUUUAUGCUGCAAUAGCAAUAAAAUAACGGUUUUGAACAAU